AUGCACCAAUGUUCAGUCCUAAUACUCACACUGCUAUGCGUUUCCGUCAAAGAUAUAUCAGGCAGCUGGGAGGAGUGGUGGACAUACGAUGGAAUAUCAGGUCCUGGCUUCUGGGGUCUUAUCAACCCUCAAUGGAGCAUGUGUAACAAAGGGAGACGGCAGAGCCCAGUCAACGUGGAGCCUGACAAACUGCUCUUCGACCCCUGGCUAAGGGACAUCCAGUUCGACAAGCAUAAGGUUAGCGGAGUUCUUCAAAACACUGGCCAAUCCCUGGUAUUUCGGGUGGAGAAAGACUCCAAGCACCAGGUCAACAUCAGCGGGGGACCAUUAUCAUACAGGUAUCAAUUUGAAGAAAUCUACUUCCAUUAUGGGAUGGAAGAUAAUCGAGGAUCCGAGCAUCAGAUCGACCAUCACACAUUUCCAGGAGAGAUCCAACUUUAUGGCUUCAACAAGGAGCUAUACCACAAUAUGUCGGAAGCACAACACAAGUCACAGGGCGUCGUUGGUAUUUCAUUGAUGGUUCAAAUCGGUGAACCUACAAAUAAGGAACUACGAUUGAUCACAAGUGCAUUCAACAAAGUUAAUUAUAGAGGCAGUUCAUUCCCGAUCAAGCAUCUUCCAUUAAGUUCUCUGCUGCCCAACACGCAGCAGUACCUCACGUACGAGGGGUCUACCACCCACCCUGGCUGCUGGGAGACAGCUGUCUGGAUCAUUUUCAAUAAACCCAUCUAUAUUUCCAAACAAGAGAUGUACGCGCUCCGAAGACUGAUGCAGGGCUCCCAGCUGACGCCCAAGGCUCCUCUCGGGAACAACGCGAGGCCAGUCCAGCCUCUCCACCACCGCACUGUCAGGACCAACAUCAACUUCAAUAAACAGGGACUGCCGGUCUCGAGCAAUUGCCCGGACAUGUAUAGAAAUAUGCAUUACACAGCACGAUUUUCCCGAAAAACCCGCUCGAAAAAAAGUCUUGCAUGCAAACGAAAGAUUCCUGCACAAAAAUGUCAUAGAAAAUAG